AAACUGUGCGUUUAAAAAAUUGUGUCCUUAAAAGUUGUGAUGAAAAUUGCAUGGAAUAAAAACUAAAAAACAACUAUCAACUGAUAACACAUGAACUCAGGCUUCAAUUAUUAAACAGCUGUUAUUCAUUCGUAUUGUUAUUGACCUUUCCAAAUAUCAUUACACCCGUUUACCAUCAUCUAUAUUAGAUUUUAGGAGUGUGAGGUUGAUUUGUCGUCUACUUACUACAAAAUCUCCAGACAUCAAUAGUAAUUUCACACUCUACAAUGUUGUCCAGAUUAGCUUUACGUUCAGGUAGUAGACAUAUCUUUACAUUAUACUAUUAUAUCGUUUUGUUUGAUAUGUGGUUUUUUCAGAAAUUUUUCGAGCCCCAUUAUGUACCAGUGUACGUUGUGCUCAAACCAAACCGGCAGUCGUCAGUACUAAUGAAUCAAUCAUUGUACCAGGAUUCCCAAAACCCAAUGGUCAACCACAGCCAAAUCCAUUUGAUGGACCUGAACGAGACUUGGUGAAUUUUCCUAGGCCUACUAGGUUGGAAUUUCCAUCUAAAACUAGGUAUUUGUUUGUCCCGGAAGAAUGGUUUGAAUUUUUUUACAAGAAGACCGGAGUUACAGGUAUAAGUUAUUGUCUAUUUUUACUGUACCUAGUAAAAAUAUUAGUAAAAUUAUAUUAAUUUAAAUUGGGUCAACAAUUUUAUUUCAAACAGUGAAAUAAUGGGAAUAAUUCUGGUUUGGCAAAAUGUUUGUAUUUUUUACAAAAUGUCUUCAUGUAUAAUUAGAAUGUAAUAAAAAAAUUUUCAUUUAGAAGUUGUAUUUAAAAAAAAAUGUAGUGUGGGUGCCUUUGAUUACUGGCAUUUGUUUGCUUAUGUGAAAAUUUCAAUUGAAAAUAAACAAUGAUUUAUUUGCAAAUUCUGUUGGAUAGUUCACGGGCUUAAAACUUAAUAUAGCUAAAUAUGAUAAGUGAGUUUUGAUUUAUUAAUGAAUAGCUUUUAAAACAUCCAUUUUGAAAAAAAAAUACUUGUGAAAAUAUUGAAUUUGUUUUCUUAACUAAAAUUACGCCAUACAAUCUUAUCUUAAAAUAAAAACUACCAUCACAAAUCAUAUUUUAUAAUAAGUUAAUCUUAACUAUCUUACAUUUCUAAAAGAACCUACUUAUUUGUUUUUGACCUUAUUUAUGGUGCGUCCGACUUAUUAAAGAUACAGGGUGUAACUGAACUCUCUGACAUUUUUACAUGUAACUAUUAUAUAAAAAUGUCAAAUAAUUAUGUUACACUCUGUAUAUUAUAUACUAUUAGGUAAAAAAGUUAUUGGUGAAAUUUGAUUUAAACAUCUUUUCUACUUAAAGUGUCAUAAUUAGGGCUCAGAAGUUACAGGAGCUAAAAAAAAGUAAAAUAUACAUGAAAAUAUGUUAAAUAUUCAAAAAAAUGUAAUAAAUACAUAACAUUUUAUUCAAAGUUUAUUAUUCACAAACAUAAUGUCAUUAACAUGUUCAAGAAAAAUAAAGACUAAAUAAAAAUCUUAUCGUUAAAUUAUUAAGUCUAAGACAAUAAGAAAUAACCACAAAUAACUACUUUAAAUAAUAUUGAUAUUUUUUAGAAAAUAUGAAAUCUACAUUAUAUAUGUAUAAAUAUGCGAAAAUCAAUGAAAUAAUAUGUACUUUUUCACUAAAAUUAAUGAAAUAUACAUUUAAAAUUUUUGAUUUUUAAACUCUCCAUUGCUUGAUCUGCUAUAAACCCAGUGGAUAUAGAAAAAUAUACAACUUAUCACUAUUAUUGUUUAUUUUACAUUAAAUCUUUUAAAUAAAGACUGGAGUCCCGUGCAAUUGCAUCUUUUUAUAGCGAGUUCUAAAUUAUAUAGAAACAAGCUACAAAUCCAAGUCAAGACAUGUAGAUUAAUUUAAAGAAAUAUUUAUUUUGCACAAAAUUGCAGGUACAAGUUUUUUUUUUUAAAAAAAAAAUUACUAUUUACUACGAUUGGAAUUUUAUAUCUAAUAAUAUAAUUAUAUAUAUUAAAUGUAUAUAUAUAAUAUAAAACAAACAAUGCUCAAUAACAAGUGUCAAUGUAGAAUGUGCGUUUUCACAAUUAAAAUACAUAUUAAAUGACAAAUGUUCUAAAUGCCUACCAAAAACUUAUAAUAUUAUAAAAAAAAUAAAUAGCAAUAAAAAUAAAAUUUAAAGUACCUAUAUUGAAAAAUUUCUCAUAUAAUUAUUAAUUAUUAAUAAAAAUUUGUUUUUGCGCAAUUUUGCACAUUUCAGCAUUUUAAUUGCACGUUUUUUAAGUGUUAGCUGCACAAAAAUCCGGUUUUUACUUAUAAGGUUUGUGUGACAAGCUGAUACAUAGGCCAGGAACUUUAUGUCUUAAAAAAAACUUUCAAUAUGUAUGAAUUUAUCCAAAUAUGGUUAAUGGUUUAAAUAUUCUCAAAAAUAUAUUUAAAAACUGAAACAACAAUUAAAUCAACUUGUUCUUAUUACAGAUAAAAAAUAAAAGUUAGAUUUUGGUAGAUAUGACUGAUAUGAAUACAUAAUGUAGUAUUAUUAUUGUAGUAUAUUGCAUAUAUUUUUUUUUUUAAUCUGUAAAUUGUUUGGAUUAUGUAACUACUCCACCAAAAUAAUUAUCCAAUAUAAUUUGUUUCAUAAAUAACUUAACUACCUUGGUCCUUGUAUCUUUUAUAAUAUUAAUAAUAUGAAAAUGUUUUUAAAAAAAAUUUAAACAUUGAUUUAUAAAUUUCCUUUAUUGAGAAGCAAUAUUGCUUCACAGUUCUUUUCUCUUUUAAUAUCACAAUUAUAAUUUAAUGUGCCUGGAAAUAAAAUACUACUGAUAAAUAAAAAUUAAACUAAAUUAGUGUCUAUGUUACAGUUUGUGAAAUAUACUGUAAAAUGUAAAAAUGUCAUAGCUAUUGUUUGAAAACCUAUAAUAACCUAUUUGAAUGAAGUAUAGUAAUAUGAUUUGAUCUAAAACACAAGUACCUACUAAGUUUGUUAGCUUGCCUAAUGAUUUACCUCAAAAUUAUAUAUUUUUAACAAUUAUUUUGUUAUUUUCAAUUUGUUAAGUUAAAUAUUUUUUAAAUAUGCUUUAAAAAUGUACCAACUAAAUCCAAAAAAAAAAUUACCUUAAAAUAUGGGCAGUAAUAUUCUAUGUACAGAAUUGUGUUUGUUGGUUUACAAAAUACAUUUUGGUGUGAACAAUUUUUUUAAUCAAAAAAAUAUCUGUCUUAAUUGUACGUAUAAUUAUUUAAACCCAUUAGAUAUAUAAUAACUUGGUAUUUAACUUGGUUUUAUGGAUAAAAUAUAUUAUGAAUGUAAUGUCAUUUUUUUUAUAUAUUUUUAUGAAACACUACGCUUUUUUAUAAAUUAUUUUAAACAUAUAUAACAAAUAUACUUCCACACAAUGAUUUUGUUCUCUAGGUCCAUAUGUUUUUGCUGCUGGUAUCACAACUUAUGUACUAAGUAAAGAAAUAUGGGUGGUUGACCAUGAGUUCCCUUAUGUGUUGGCUACAAUAGGUUUGUUUUAUUUUGGCUGGAAGAAAUUCUCAAAACCUUUGGCUACUUACCUCGAUAAAGAAAUUGAUGUAUGUUAUUUAAAUUGUUUAAUUGUGUGAGUUAAUCAUUUAAUAUAUCAAUUUUAUUUUAGGAUUAUGAAGCCGAAUGUAAUACUUCUCGCCAACAUGAGUUGGAAAGUUUAAAAGAAACUAUUGAAAGCCAAAAAAAAGAAGUAUGGAGAACCGAAGCCCAGAAACAUAUAUUUCAGGCUAAACGUGAAAAUAUUGCCAUACAAUUAGAGGCUGUUUACCGUGAAAAUGCUAUUCAAGUUUACAACCAGGUACUAUGUUUAAUAUUAUAGAAGUAUUAUAUUAAAAUAAUUUUGUUGUACAAUAUUUCCUUAUUAAUUAAAUUAAUUUUUUUAGGUAAAAAAACGCCUGGAUUACCAAUUGGAAUUGGCUAAUUUGAAACGCACUGUACAACAAAGACACAUGGUUAACUGGAUUAUUGAAAAUGUUCUUAAGUCUCUUACCAAUGAACAAGAAAAACAGAGUUUCAAAAGAUGUAUGGUAGAUUUACAAGCAUUAGCUGCUGCUAAUAAAGCAUAAAUGUUAUUUCAGACAGUUCCAUUUUAUAGAACAUUUAUUGUUUAAAAAUAUAAUAAUUAAUCUUCAGACAUAUUGUAAGAUUGUUGUUCCCUCAGUCGUAGAUUUCAAACAUUUUGUAUGGAAUAAAAAAAAUAAAUAUUGAAUGCUUAUGGAUUUAUUAUUGCUACAUAUAAUAUUGUACAACUUCUUGUAUUAUUAUAGUAACUAAUUAUUACAUACCACAUAAUUAUUUAAGUACAGUGUUACAUUGCUAAUUAGAAAAUAAAAUGUUUUUUCAAUUGUUUUAAGUACUACAACCAAUGAAGGAAGUGUUCAUUUUUGUUAAGAUUUUCUUACUUCAAAAAGUUAGUCAUUUUCACUUGAAUAGUUGUAGAUUUUCGAAUUUUACUUUGAUUUUUUAAAUAGUUGUAAGAAUAACAGUAAAAUCUUGUUUAUGCUAAUAAAUUAUUGCUAACAAGUAUAAAAUUAAUUUAUUUCAUUAAAAUCUAGCUUAUAUAGCUAUGUUAAUUAAUGAUAACUGAUAACCAAAUAACUAAUUUAAUAUAAUUAAACAUUUUAAUAAGAUAUUAUUUUGAACAUGUACUUUCGGUGACCUAAAUGAUGGUAUAGAAUGUAUAAUAAACACUUAAUUUUCAUUAUGUGUAUUCAGUUACACUGUAUUGCAAUAAAUUUAAUAAUUACAGGUAGCAAGCAAGUAAUAAUAUACAAUUUUUAAAGCAUACAGGCUGAGAUGGGUGAACUAGUUUUAAAAAACUUUAAUUAUGGUUAAUAUGAUUAAGAAGAAAUAAUUAAAAAUUAAUUUUUAUGUAAUACUUCAAUUGAUGUAAAAUAACUGUUUUUUAAAUUUGCCUCAUGAAACUUGUAUAAUAUAUUUUUCAUUGGU